AGUUGGUGAGUGUGGUGCAGCCAUUGUCGAACCGAAUGCUGUGUACAGGCGAAACGUCAAAACAUUUGACUAUUGUCAUGAUUGUCAGUGUGUGUUUGACAGACAGAGAUGGCAGAACAACAUCGAGCACACAAGAGCGAAUGAAUGAGCAAACGACGAUAACCGAUUGAACGAAGAGAGGAGAAAAGAGAAAAACAAGCAAAGAGAAGAGAGAAAAAAAUAACAAAUAUAUACACACAUCUUUUAGGCAUAUAUAAUCAUUUGGACGAUUAGAACAGUUCAAUAAUGGAGCACAAACAUACCAAAACCCGAAAAACCAUGAAUCUAUUAUCGGUGCAAAGAAAUUGCUAGUUCUUUUUUUCGAUUGUUAUUUUAGCAUGAUUUCAUCGAAAUCAAUGCAAGUGAUUUAUUUUUUGCACCAAAAAUCAUUUGGUCAUGCUAAAUUGGUGGAUUGUUGUGUUGAACAUGAAAUAAAAUCGAAUUCUUGGCACAUAUGUGCGUUCACAUUGGCUGUACAGAGUACACACAACAUGAGUGUUCAGUGAGAUUACGGCAGAACAGAACAAAAAUAAUUAUAAAUAAAUAAAACAAGUCGAUCAAACGAAUAACGAGGGUCCCUUUUUAAUUGAAACAAAGUAUAAAAAGAGAAUAAAGCAAAAAAACCAAUUGAAUUAAAGUUGAUUUUCUGCACGCGCGCAUCGAUCAACAGUAGCAGCAGUAAAAAAAUGAGCAAAUGAUUUUGUAUUUAUCACUGUGAAAAAGAAAAGAAAAAAAGUUCGAUUUUUUUUUCUUUUAAAAUUUAUCGCGCGUCCGAUUUGAAUAAUCAAAUUUUGCAGUGAAACAUUUUUAAUUCGAACGCAUAUCGGCAAAUGUACUUAAUCACAUACUGACAAGUGCCGAAGGAAGGAGUCGAAUCGGCACAAUGUACAAAAUUAAUAGGAACGACUGUUUAACAAUAAUAAGCGCAUCGUAUUAGGGAGAUAACAAGAGAGAGAGAGAGAGAGAGAUAGUGAAUUACACUGAAAAGCAAAUUUAAGCGCAAACCCAACAAUUUUACGAAAACCAAAAUCCAUGUGAGCGAUUAUCAAAUGCAUAGCUUAAAGCGAAUUUUGAGCUCAAUUGUUGGCUCAACCGCCACAAUCAAAUCGAGUGGAACAACAUCAUCAUCGUCCAGAUUGACUGACAUUCCAAAUAGCCAACCAUAUCAAUAUCAUCACUAUCACCAUCAAAAGCAUACACCAUUGUAUUUCAUAAUAAUGCGAUUAAAUUUGAAAGUGGUACUAGUUUUGCUUUGUUUGGCUGUGUUUUUAUUUACAUUAUCCAUUUGGACGCAUUGUGGCGAUUUGACGUUGGCCAGAGGCUUCCUACCAAAAUGGGAUCGUCGAUUUAAUGAUGACAAUCAGGAUGCAGUUGUCGGUGUGGAUUGCAUUAUAAAUCAGGAGUAUAGUGUGUCUUGUAUUCAAGACGGUGAUGAAGUGUAUGUGCCGUUUACAUUUAUUCGCGAUUAUUUCGAAGUGUACGGCUCAUUGAGUACAGUGGGAAAGGGACCGCCGAAAUUUGAAUGGAAUCACAGCAAUGCGAAAAUCAACUAUCCCAAAGGCACUUAUGAUCCAAAGGGGAUUUUUAUGUAUUUUGAAAAUUAUAAUGUUGAGGUGCGAGAUCGUGUGAAAUGCAUAUCAGCAUCGGACGGUGUUCCCGUGUCAACGCAAUGGGAGGCACUUGGUUACUAUUAUCCAACGCAAAUCGCACAAUUCGGCCUAUCGCAUUACAGUAAAAAUUUAACCGAUCCCGAGCCAAGGCGUAAAAUCAUCGAAGACGGUGAUGAGAAUCAGGCAACUUGGAUUGUGCCAAAAGGCAGUAAUUUUUCACGUGUUCAUCACACAAAAUCAAAGGCAAAAAAUCAUAUCAUUUCAUUUGCCACACAGAACCAUUACGACAGUUCAAUUGAAAUGCACUUGGAUCAUGUGCUCGAUUUGGUGCUGAGCAUCGACAUUGAAUUACAAUCGAACAGUAGCUUUACGGUGACUGUACAAAAUCGUGAAACGAAACAAUUGUACAAUGUACAUUAUGUGGUGAGCGAUGCAUUGUUAACCAUUGCCGAUGAAAGUAAUUUUUAUUAUGGCAUCGGUACGAUGAAUGCGGGCACGUGGAAGCAUUUGACCCGUGAUCUGGUCGUCGAUUUACAAAAAGGCAUUCAACAAAUUCCAAUCACAAGUGUAAGCAAUAGUUUUGCCGGCGGUGCUGCAUUCGCUAGCAACACCAAUAGUAUGGAUAAAAUGAAGAAGAAACUGCGACGCAGUGAUAUUAAAGUGACGGCCAUUUCAUUAUUUGGUGCUGGUAAAUUCGAUAAUUUAACCUUUUCAACGACCGAACACAUCACACAAUUUUAUGAUGCAGCCGAAUGGUUUGUACGAAAUCAAAAUACAAAAACUGGCGGCUGGGCAAAUCCAGUUAAACGGAAAUUAUCCGAAUUUGCCGAAUUGAAACAGGGUUGGUAUUCAGCAAUGGGACAAGGUCAUGCGAUAUCGUUGCUUGCACGAGCUUAUUAUCAUUCAAAUGGCGAUGCAAAAUAUCUGAGGGCUGCGAUUAAUGGCCUAAAACCAUUUCGAGUUCCAUCGCGACAGGGCGGUGUUUUGGCCAAAUUCAUGGGCAAAUACGAAUGGUACGAAGAAUAUCCGACCACACCCGCUUCAUUUGUAUUGAACGGAUUUAUUUAUUCAUUACUCGGGCUGUAUGAUCUGAAUGCAACCGCACCGCGCAAUUUAUCACGUGAAGCCGGACUUCUGUUUGACCAAGGAAUGAUCUCAUUGAAGAAAAUGCUUCUGAUGUACGACACCGGAUCGGGCAGCAUUUAUGAUUUAAGGCAUAUCACAUUGGGCAUCGAACCGAAUAUCGCCCGAUGGGACUAUCAUGCAACGCACGUAAAUCAGCUGCUUCUGUUGGCUACAAUCGAUCGAGAUCCGUUGAUUGCUCGCACGGCCGAUCGCUGGAGGCGAUACAUGCUGGGCAAAAGAGCACCGCAUAAUUAAAACUAUAAAGGUUAGACUAACGAACAAGAAGCUUGAAGUGACGGAUUUUUUUUUUUUAAUUAACCUUGCCAUUUGAAUGAAAUUCUCUAUUUUGUUUGACCCAUCCGUUGAGCAAUGUUAUUCGUUUUAGUUGUAAUCGUUUGUUUUGCGAUUUAAUUUAAACUUAUGCGAUAUUAUUUAGUGAAUCGUCACACGAGCUUUCUUUUAUACUAUAUAAUUCAGUGCGACAUCAUUCGCAAACCGUUGUGCAACACAUUCGAACGAAGUAAACAAAAAAACCUAUAUCUUGUAAAUAUUGUAACUAGAUUUUGUAUAGAAAAGAAGCGAGCAAAUGUAAAUAGGUGUAAAAAAAAGCCUUGGUUGAGCUGAUACAGUUCAAGAUGUGAAUAAAUUUGUGGGAUUCAAACUGGUCACAAAUCCGAAGAAAGCAGUAUCAAAUUUUGCGGCCGGGCAAAUACCAUUUUAUAAGCCGUUCAUCAGCCAUUUUUCGUUCGGUUCAUUCUAAUUAGGUGAAAGUGGUUUAGUUGAAAUUAAAUUGAGUUUGGUCGCAGUUGACAUAGAGAGACAAUGACCAAGUAAAACAAACAAACUCGUUAUGGACUGUUAAUAGAGCAUAAAUGUUGAUGAAAUGACUUUUAGCUCUGCAAAUUGGUUAGUUCAGAACUGAAAUAAAAACUGUCAAUAUAUAUAUUGUUUAUUCAUUGUAUUCGCUUCACGUUUGUACAAAACAAAACAAAAAGAGAACACAAAUAAACACUAGUUAUUUCAUGUAAGAGAAUAUAUAGGGAAGAGAUGCAUGACAUUUGAUUAAUUGAUUUGUGAUUAUUGAUAUUCUCUUGUGGCAUCAAAUGCGUCAAGAGAUAUGUGUGUAUGUUACUUUUUUUUCGUUUUCUUUCGUUUUCUUUUGUUUUUCUCAUUUAUUUUGUUCCAGCCCGUGUUUGUGAUGUGACAUUCAAAUGGGCUAUGCACCAAGCUAACAGUUCAUAUAAAACAAGUCAAAAUACUUUGAGAAUAAAAAAUUAGUAAAUUAAUAAACAUAUUUGAUGAAAAUUGCACCAUUGAAAACACGAUUCGCCAUACACAUAAAUUCUCUAUAUUCACUAAUCACAAAUUAGCAACGAUAAACGAUAAUUUUUACAAUGAUUUUAUAUACGUAUGAAAAUGAAAAUGAUAUUAUAUAUACAUAUAUUUUCUGUACUUAUCACACCAACUCAGAAUAUAGUAAAUGAAUUUAAUUUUUAUUAAAUGAAAAUUAAUGACGAAAAAAAAAUUCAAUAAUAAUGAAAUUAGUUUUGCACAGUUUCUAGAGCAGAAGAAAUUAAUGAAAAAAAAAACAUUUGUAAUCGUUUGUAAAACACACAAAGUUCAAGAUUUAAACUACUACUACAACCACAAAAAAAAACCUAUUUGUAAAUUAUAUAUAAUCAACUGUUUGACUCGAACAGCAACAGCAACACAUACACACAAACAUUUGCACGUCAAUAGUGACAAUUCUUUUUUUUUCUGGAUUUGUUUUAAAUGUGAAACAACAUUGUAGGAAAAUGCGGUUGGGGAUAUGAUCAUAAUGAUAAAAAUUAUCAUUUGUAUCCAGUACCGAAAUUGAUCUAUUAUUUUCCGAAAAUUGUUGUAUGGUAAUGCGUACAAUUCAAUCCGAACCAAUUAAUUGCAGCUAAUGAAAUGGUAGAUUUACAAUGACUGUUUCAUAAUUCAUAUGCGAUUCGCUUCAUCCGAAUUUCCCAUAGCAAAUAAAAAAGUCAAGGCUUUUAAAAUAGUCAUUUGGCCAUAUUAGUUUUAUUUAAGAAUUAUUUCGACAUUUUUAUGUUGAAAAAUAGCGUUUUUAAAUUUUUUUUUAAAUUAUUUCCAAUUGUGAAAUUAUUCAAAAUUUUAUCAUUUGUUCGGCGAUUUGUACUGAGCCCAAAAAAAAUCGAUUAGCUAAGAUUUAUUUUAGUUUUUUCCUCCUCAACACACCAUCUUUUCCCUCGUUAUGAAGAAUCGAUGCAAGCUGAGAAAAAACACAUUCCACGGCACAUACUGCCAUUCUAUUUAUUUAAAAUUGAAUUAUGAAAAAAAGAAGAGAUUUUAUUUUAGAAAAUUGUAUGUUUAAUUAUCCCCUUCUCCUCCUUUCCCCCGCAACCAAUCAAUUAUCAAGAGAUGUAGCAAAUAAAUUGAAUGGAAUAUUUAUGACCAUUAACACAGAAUAUCAAAAAAGAAA